UUUAUUAGUUUGGGAUCCAGCUUGCUUUUAUAGUAGCAAGUGAAGGAAACAGAACAAAACAGAACAUAACAGAGUGCAUUUUUGCAGAGACGCAGAUACACAAACAGAGAGAGGGAGUAAGAGAAGAACAUAGAUCCACACACUCAUCCAUGGCUUCCAAGCUCGUUCUCAUCAUUGUCUUCGUCUUUGACUUGAUUGCUUUUGGUUUAGCUGUGGCUGCUGAACAGAGAAGAAGCACUGCUAGAGUUGUUCAGGACAAAGAAGUGAACUACAAUUACUGUGUCUAUGACUCAGACAUAGCAACUGGCUAUGGUGUUGGUGCAUUUCUGUUCCUCAUGGUUAGUCAAGUACUCAUAAUGGUGGCGAGUCGAUGCUUCUGUUGUGGGAAGGCUUUAACCCCCAGCGGUUCGAGGGCCUGCGCCAUCAUCCUUUUCAUAAUCUGCUGGGUGUUUUUCUUCAUAGCUGAGGUGUGCUUGUUGGCUGGAUCAGUUGAAAAUGCAUACCACACCAAAUACAGAACCCUCUUUGUGGAGAACCCGCCUUCAUGCGAGACAGUUAGGAAGGGAGUUUUCGCGGCCGGCGCCGCAUUCACCUUCUUCACUGCCAUAGUCUCUGAGUUCUACUACAUCAACUACUCAAGUGCUAGGGACAAGUUCAAUUCAUAUCCUGGUGCUGAAGCUGGUGUGGGCAUGGGAACCUACAAAUGAAAUGAGCCUUUGUAAUUGUUAAAACAACAAAAUUUUCAGCCUUAAAAUUACACAACUUUAGAUGAUGUGACUGUAUGUCUAAACCCUCUUUUGGAUUCUGCAGCAAAUUUCUUUUUUCUUUCUUUUUUCUCUUUCACCUCAUUUUAUUGGAUUAUGACAUUUUGUUGCAUUUAUUUGUAUCUAGUAGUAUAUCGCUUUACUAGAAUAUUAUAUACAUUUACUUGUAUCUUAGUAGAAAUUUUUUUA